AUGAAGACUACCCUUCUUGUGGCCGCUGCGGCCCUGGCCUCCGGCGUGAGCGCCCGUCAGAACCAUGCUGCUCGUCGUCACAACCACGAGGCCUUCCACAUGGAGAAGAGAGGAUUGAUGAACACGGGACUCUUGAGCACCGGCGCACCGGCGGCUGAGACGUGCGGCUGCACCACGAUCUACACCACAAUCACUGGAGAGGGAAGCCUCUGGUUCCCACCUCCCCCAGCUACCACCGCACCUCCCCCACCACCACCAUCCUCCGCGGCGCCUGUCCCUUCGCCAACACCCACCUCGACCGAUACCGUUGUCGUCGUGACCGUCCCAGUGGUCCCAACCCCAUUCUCAACCACAUGCCCAACCCCAGGCGUGUACACGAUCCCAGCAACCACGAUCACUCUGACCGAGACCAAGACCAUCCCAGAGGCGACCACCACCGCAACCUACCCACCCGGUACCUACACCCAACCCCAGGUUGUGACCACCAUCACCGAGACCAACUACGUCGUUGUGUGCCCAUACACCUCUUCCCAGGCCCCAGCCCCUACUAGCAAGGCUGCCCCAGCCCCAGCUCCAGUCCCCGUCACCACCGCCGUCCCUGCCCCAAGCAAGUCAGCCAGCCCACCUUCCACCGGCGGGCUCGGGUCCUCAGGAAAGCAAUGGGCCAUCACCUACUCCCCAUACACCGAGGGAGGUGAGUGCAAGGCUGCAAAUGACGUUGCCGAGGAUAUCAAGAAGGUCGCCGCGGCCGGGUUCACCACCGUUCGUGUCUACAGCAGCGACUGCUCUGGUCUCCAGAACAUUGGAAAUGCAUGCGAGGCCCACGGACUCAAGAUGAUUCUUGGUGUCUUCAUUAGCAACACCGGAAUCGCCGGUGCCCAACAGCAAGUCACCGACAUCAUCGCCUGGGGCAAGUUCAGCAUGGUCGAGCUCAUCGUCGUCGGUAACGAGGCCAUCUUCCAGGGACACGCCUCUGCCACCGAUCUCGCCGUCUUUAUCUCUGCCUGCAAGUCUAAGUUCCAAGCCGCUGGGUACAACGGACCCUGCACCACCACUGAGCCCCUCAGCACCUGGCAAGCAAACAAGGGCGCCCUUUGCGGUGCCGUCGAUGUCGUCGGAGCUAACAUCCACGCUUUCUUCAACCCAGAUACCCCAGCUGAGAAGGCCGGUACUUUCGUCAAGGGCCAACUCGACAUCGUCGACCAGCUCUGCCCAGGCAAGUCCGGUAUCAACUUGGAGUGCGGAUGGCCCUCGGCCGGAAGCUGCAAUGGCGCCGCCUGCCCCGGUAAGGAGGCCCAGGCCGUUGCCAUCAAGAGCAUCACCGAGGCCUGCGGAGGUCAGAGUGUCAUGUUCUCCUUCACCAACGACCCAUGGAAGCAACCGGGUGAGUUCGGCUGCGAGCAAUACUGGGGUGUUAUCCAACUCUUCACAUAA